AUGGAUCGAAGCUCAUCAUCCCCAGAAACUGGGGCCUCGGCCCUGCUCGCCGCUGCCAGAGGCGUGACGGGCCUCGUGUUGGAUGACGACGACCCAGAAGUGUUUAUCAAGGAGGAGUCUUUAAGCCCCGUGCCGGACAAUGACAAAAAACUUGUCGUCACGCGGGUCUACCCGCCUCUCAAAUUCAAGCCGGGCUUUCAGGCCCGAAGCUUAACAGGGACUGUGGCAGGCCGGACGGGCACGGCUGCCAAAUCAGCCAAGCACGGCCGAACAACAGGAGCAUCCAAAGCUGCCGCCAUUCGAGAUCAUGCUCCUCAGCCAUCGGCGCAACCAAUCGUGCCACGCCGGAUCGAGGAUUGGGAGCCCUGGAAGGGGGUUCUUCACGAGCUCUACAUCACGCAGAACCGUAUUCUCCGCGACAUAAUCAGUAUCAUGGAGACUGAAUAUAACCUCAGGGCCACACCCAAAAUGUACAAGAACCAGUUUGCCCGCUGGGGCUUCUUCAAGUACGCCGUCAAGAGGCGGCCGCGGGGCAAGACCGAGUCGCCAACCGAACAGAGCUCAGACGACUCUCUCGAUACCGCCAUCAUCCUGCACAGUGAUGGCCUAAUGUACGAUAGCGAAAGGUCGCAGGCCAUGCAGGCCGGGCUAACAGCAGUCCGGCGCUUUGUCCGCGGCUACCUUGACCUCGACCCGGCUCACCUUACCGUCGAAGAAGUCGCAGGCUUCAUCGAUCCCUGCUACCGCUAUUUCAAAACCGCCAUGGACCUUUUCGAUCUCAAGGAGAAUACGGCCGGCGGGUCCGUGCUGCGGCUCGCCUUUCUGCAGAUCGAGCGCAAGAUAUCAAACCCGACCAUGAAGUCCUUCUCGGAUCUGUGCUUCCUCGUGCCGCACCUCCUCCUCGAAUCCGGCCGCAGAGACAUCCUCGCCGCCUACCUGCGCUACCUGUACCGACUCGCCGCCGUCAAGUUCGGCAAGCACCCCGUGACGGAGCUCGCCGCCUCGUUCGCGCGAAUGGUUGACCAGCCCGACGAGAUCAUGCGCUACAUCAUGCUCCUCUCGCAGAUCAAUUCGGACACCAUCUCCAACACGUCGGGCAUCCUCGACCGCACCGUCCGCUGGGCGCGGUAUCAGUACCUCGCCUGCCAGCGCACAAACAUGACGGAGCCCUUCCCCGUCGGGCGCAAUCGGCACGACCACCACAUGAUCCGUCUCGAGGCGCAGUCGGUUUAUUGGGCGCAGAACCUAGUCAUGCAGGACCCGGAGAGCGAUGAGAUUGCCGAGCAGUGGCUCAGCCGGCAAUUUGGCGAGAAUUUUGCCCCGCGCUGCGAGGCAGCGUUGGCGAGGCUGGAGGAACGGGCCGCUGCGGGGGAAUUCUCGCCUUACUUUUCAAAGAUGAUCGAAUGCCUCUAUAUAGGAUGGCUAAGCGACUACUAUGAGACGGUGCAGGAGUGGGAUAAGGUGUUUGAGUGGGGCCGGAAGGGGCUGGCCUUGUCGAGGGAGGAGCAGUAUAUCAUAUGGUCGAUCCAUCUCGAGGGGUUGAUGCGCAAGCAUGGGAAUCCGGAGGAGGCCGAGGAGCUGAAAAAGAGGAGGAUGGCGCUUGGCUGGCUGGAGAAGGUCAGGCUUGAGGUGGAUAGGCUCAGUCUUAGUUGA